CAUAGGAGCGAGUAUAAAUAGCUCUCGAAUCCUAGCUACUGCAUCAGUUCUACGGAAUAUUUCUUCGAGAGAGUUUCUAUUGAAUUUCGUUGUUGAUAAUGACUGGCCGCGGAAAGGGAGGAAAGGGUUUGGGAAAGGGAGGAGCGAAGCGUCACAGGAAAGUUCUUCGUGACAACAUCCAAGGAAUCACGAAACCGGCUAUUCGCCGUUUGGCUCGUCGAGGCGGUGUUAAACGUAUCUCUGGCCUGAUUUACGAAGAAACUCGUGGUGUUCUUAAAGUGUUUCUGGAAAAUGUCAUCCGUGAUGCAGUCACAUACACCGAACAUGCCAAGAGGAAAACUGUCACUGCCAUGGACGUGGUCUAUGCGCUGAAACGUCAAGGACGCACUCUCUAUGGCUUUGGUGGUUAAUCUGUUUCUUCGAGUCUCAGCUACUGUUCGUACACUACACAAGGGCCCUUUUCAGGGCCACAAACUUUUUCAAUAUGUAAAUGGAGCAAAUCGUUUUACCAUUGUAUGCACUAGUUAAUUUUUAUUCGUCACCUCUUUUACAAAUCAAAAUUUAGAUUAUAUUAUGGUUUCCGUUCGAACAAUAAUAUACCUAAUAUCUAUCUAUUAUUCUUGCGACAGUGUUUUUAAUAAGUUCCAUGUUUUAUAUGUUCUUGUUUUAAACACGAAGGUUUAGUCUUGGAUUUUGAUAGCCGUUAAAAUUCAUCUUCCUUUUUUACACUACUCAUUCAACUCAUUUAUAAUAUAUAUAUUGUGACGUUAAUUUUUCACGCCAGACGGAACGAUACCGUCACAAAUUACAAUCCUCAUUUCUUUUCCCCGAGAUCUAGGAAUUCGGAAUAUUAAAUGCUCAUGGGCGCCGGGCACACCUUUAUGCCACGAGACUGCAUAGGAAGAUUACGAGGGAUAGAAGGAAAUUAGCCAAGCCAGCUAGAUCGCAACGUGAUAGUAGAGGGGAGGGGGUCUUAUAGAUGGUACGCUGAAUAAAGAUUGAGAACUUCCAAUUAAACGGUAACAAAAUAACAAUGGGCCCUUUAUUUUGGGACUUAUAAGAAUUAACAAUAAUAACAAAAUGAAAUGGUAAUUUCGAUACCAAUAAUAUGUAAGCCACGCGAUACGGGAUUCCUUACGGGACGCGUGGAUAAAUAACAAAAUACGAUAUUACGUUAGCUACCGAGAAUUAAUCUGUUGCCGAUACUGAGUUACGCGUACGAAGGUCGACUCUAUCUACGCCCUGAGACGUAGUUGCUAAACACACGAUUCUGGCGAAUAACGGAACGGAUCGGUUCGAGUGGCGGAAUUAACAAGAAUAAUGAAACACAAAGAAUAUGGAACAUACGAAUCCACACAGAAUAAAUAAUAUACAAUAGUACUAUACGAAACUCUGGAGACAAGAAGAAAAAUAGUUACAGAUUCAUAAAAAUGAUAAUUACGUGUAGAGAAUAUCAAUAUCUUAUUUAAUACUGUAGGCUCUUCAACAAUAUGCCUUGCUACUUAUUUCUACGUCCUACGAGUCUAUCACGGGAAGCGUGAUAAACAGAUUCUCUACGAUUCUCCAGGGUCACCAAGAGUAAGGCGAUAGCCGACAUAUACUAUAGACAAUAAAUUAUAACAAGUAGGUAGUUCAAGCGGUAGGCACAGAAUCUUUUCCUACUGUAUGCUACGCGAUCUUCUCCUAGGCCGAAACCGGGAGGAAAAUAAUACAGAGAUACAAAUUCGCAAUUAAACAGUAGAUACACCGAUGGAAAAGAUUUCGUCCUCUCGACGACGAGACGCUUACCGUGAACGAUACAAUAUGUCUUCUACGAUACAACUAUUCAGGACGAAACCACCUGCCAAGACGGCAAAGUAAUAGAGAAUGAAUAUC